GAGAGUUGUUGAGUCGAGUCCGAGUGGCCUCAGCCUUCACCUCCUCUGCCUCUGGGAGAGAUCAGAAUCAUCACAACACAAAUAUUACACCACCUCCUCGCUGACCGUCCAGAUCCCACCCUUGCCGGCGAUCGCCAUGUUCUCCUCCGUCCGAUCUCUCUCCCUCUCCCUCCUCUUCGUCUUCUUCCUCCUCGCCCCCGCUUUCGCCACCGAGGCAGAUCACAAGUAUCAAGCAGAAGAUUCAGUUACCCUUUGGGUGAAUAAGGUUGGGCCCUACAAUAAUCCUCAAGAAACAUACAAUUACUACAGUCUUCCUUUCUGUCAUCAAUCUGAAAAUGCUGCUCACAAGUGGGGUGGCCUUGGUGAAGUCCUGGGUGGAAAUGAGUUGAUUGAUAGCCUGAUUGAAAUAAAAUUUCAAAAAAAUGUGGACAGGACCACCAUUUGCCAACUUGAACUUGACGAUCAAAAGGUUAAACAAUUCAAGGACGCAAUCGAGAAUAACUACUGGUUUGAAUUUUUCAUGGAUGAUCUCCCUUUAUGGGGCUUUGUUGGUGAGUUGCACCAGGACAAGAACAGUGAAAAUGGCAAGCAUGUCCUUUACACUCAUAAAAGUAUCAUUGUUAAAUACAAUAAAGAUCAGAUCAUUCAUGUGAAUCUCACUCAAGAUAGUCCAAAGCCAUUGGAAGUAGGGAAGAAAUUGGAUCUAACAUACUCUGUCAAAUGGAUUGCAACCACUGUCACCUUUGCACGUCGAUUUGAUGUCUAUUUGGACUACCCUUUUUUUGAGCACCAAAUACAUUGGUUCUCGAUUUUCAAUUCAUUCAUGAUGGUUAUAUUCCUUACGGGUUUGGUCUCAAUGAUAUUGAUGCGGACUCUUAGGAACGACUAUGCAAAGUAUGCUCGGGAAGACGACGAUCUGGAGACUUUGGAAAGAGAUGUCAGUGAAGAGUCUGGCUGGAAACUUGUGCAUGGGGAUGUUUUUCGGCCUUCUCGGAAUUUGGUUGUCCUUUCAGCUCUUGUUGGCACAGGCGCUCAGCUAGCGUUGCUUGUUCUCCUCGUCAUCUUACUGGCAAUUGUUGGGAUGUUGUAUGUUGGGAGAGGUGCAAUUGUAACAACUUUCAUAGUGUGUUAUGCCCUUACAUCUUUCAUUUCUGGUUAUGUAAGUGGUGGGAUGUAUUCACGGCAUGGGGGUAAAAACUGGAUAAAGUCAAUGAUACUCACAGCAUCCCUAUUUCCAUUUAUGUGCUUCGGGAUUGGGUUUGUCUUGAACACAAUUGCUAUUUUCUACGGGUCACUAGCAGCUAUUCCUUUUGGCACAAUGGUGGUUGUUUUUGUCAUUUGGGCAUUCAUCUCUUUUCCUCUAGCACUUCUUGGUACAGUUGUUGGAAGGAACUGGAGUGGUGCUCCUAACAAUCCUUGCCGUGUGAAAACCAUUCCUCGUCCUAUUCCUGAGAAGAAAUGGUAUUUAACCCCAUCUGUAGUCUCAAUGAUGGGAGGACUUCUGCCCUUUGGAAGCAUAUUUAUCGAAAUGUAUUUUGUCUUCACGUCCUUCUGGAAUUACAAGGUGUACUAUGUCUAUGGCUUUAUGCUGCUUGUUUUUCUGAUUCUCAUCAUUGUUACCGUAUGCGUGACAAUUGUGGGGACAUACUUCUUGCUUAACGCCGAGAACUACCACUGGCAAUGGACUUCUUUCUUUUCUGCUGCAUCAACAGCUGUCUAUGUGUACUUGUAUUCAAUAUAUUACUACUAUGCAAAGACUAAGAUGUCGGGUUUCUUCCAGACCAGCUUCUAUUUUGGGUACACUUUGAUGUUCUGCCUUGGCUUAGGGAUCCUCUGCGGAGCUGUUGGAUAUUUGGGUUCCAAUUUGUUUGUGAGGAGGAUCUACAGAAAUAUCAAGUGCGACUAGAGCAUCUCCGCGAGGAAAUGGACCUGAUGGAGCUUUACCGAGUAGAUUGGCCGUUGUUGAGGUACGUGGUCAGGGAUGGGGAUCCAGCAACCACUAGAGACCGAAAUCGCAGGGUUGAGGAUAGGGAAUGUAUUCUUUCUCUGGACUUGGGAAAGCCCUGAGAGGUUUUUUUUGUUUCCCCAGCUGUCAGUGAAAGCCUAAAUUUUAGAUUGCAGAGAUUGUUUUAUAAUCUAAGUUAGCGGUCGUCGUACUCCUGUUGAUUUUAUUAUUUUCUUUUUUUCGUCCUUUUACAAAUAGGUGCCCUAUUACUCUUUCUAUCUGUAUGUCUUUGGGAUGGAUGGGAAGUAAGGGAAGGGCUUCCCGAAACGAACCUUUGAUUCCGAGUUAUGUAGCGACUUGUGAAUUUUGAUUCCAUCUGUACCUUGCAUAUAUAAGUAUCAUUGUCUGAAACCUCA